AUGCAGAAGGCCUAUGAUUCAGUAGAAUGGAUUUAUGUGGAACAAGUAAUGAGGAUGAUGGGAUUUCCAGAAAAAUAUGUAAAUUGGGUGAUGACAAGCAUAAGCAUAGUAUGUUACUCAAAUAUUGUAAAUGGGAAGCCAAUCAAGCCAUUUGAAGCAAAGAGAGGGCUAAGGCAGGGAGAUCCACUCUCACCACUGCUUUUUGUCAUAGCAAUGGAGUACUUGUGUAGAUUACUCAAGCAGCUAGGAAACAACAAAAACUUCAAGUUCCAUCCAAGGGAGAGGAGAAAUCUGUGGUGGAAAUUCAUAAUCAGUUUCAAAGAUUCUCCAAAGCUUCUAGAAGAGCAAUGGAGGGCAACAUUGAUCAAAAGCGUAUUGUUAACACUUCGUAACUACUGGGCACAAGUUUUCAUACUACCAAAGAAGAUUAUACAAUUCAUUGAGACAAUAUGUAGGAGAUUUCUAUGGACUGGGAAUGUUGAACCAACAAGAAAGGCACUGAUUGCUUGGGACAAACUAUGUGUACCUAAAUCAGUAGGGGGACUAAACUUCAUCAACAUAGAGAUAUGGAAUAAAGCAGCUAUUUCAUGGGAAAUAUGGCAGAAACUAUUACAAUGGCAAGGGAUCAUGAGAGGGAAAAAACAAUGGCAUGAAGAAGUACAAUGGGCAGUGGAGAAAGCAGCAGGAAAGAGUGUUGGAGCAGAGUUAUACAGAAUUACUUUGGCUGCAGUUAUUUAUCAUGUCUGGCAAGCUAGGAAUAAGAGUUUUGCUGCUUCUGGUGCACAAACGUUUUGUGUGUCGCGGUUGCAAAGCCAUUCUCGUGAUCGCGAAAUGGAAAUAGGGCUGGGGAGGAUUUUACCCUAUAUGAACGCGAGACCCAGGUUGCGAACGCGGAGUAUUGUGAGGUUUGCUCUACGCGAAUGUGACCGAUCAACCGUGGACGCGUAG